UGUCAGAACAGAGGCGUGUCUUGGAAGUUGUAAACAGAGCGGUACGCAGGUCAGCUUUACACCUGGAGGAGAAGAAACAACAGAAAAACUUUAACAGAAAAAGUUGACGUAUAAGAUGAUGGAGCAUGAAGUAGCUGACCUCCCUUGUGGCCCCCUGGACAUCUACAGGAAAAAAGCCUCUUUCAAUUGGAAGGACAUGGUCCGCUUCAUAGAUGGAGAGGAUAUACUGACAUUCAAGCAACAUGUAUUCAAGACACUGGAGAAUGAUCCUUUAUUUGCUCGUCAAUCGGGUGAAGACAUUGCUAUGGAGAAAAUGAGAGAGCUGACCUUUCUCAGGGUGAAGCAGCUCUUCCGCUAUGACUUCAUAACAAAAGAUGAGGCAAUGGCCAAUCCCUGGAAAACUGCUGUCCUCAGUGACUGUCUGGGAAUGUAUGACUGGUCCAUGACCUCUAAGUACUCCCUCAACAAAGGGAUGUUUGGAGCAACUAUUGCCAACAGUGGAUCACGGAGACAUCACAAAUAUAUUGAAAACACUGACAACAUGACGACAUUUGGAUGCUUUGCACUGACUGAACUGAGUCAUGGCAGCAAUACCAGAGCCAUGAGGACCACAGCCACGUAUGACCCGUCUACCCAGGAAUUUGUGAUCCACUCUCCAGACUAUGAGGCUGCCAAGUUCUGGGUGGGGAACCUUGGUAAGACUGCCACCCAUGCUGUGGUGUUUGCUCAGCUCUACACUCCCGACCAAGUCUGCCACGGCCUGCACUCCUUCAUCGUCCAGGUGAGGGACCCAAAUACCCUGCUGUCUCUACCGGGUGUAAUGGCUGGAGAUAUUGGAAAGAAGCUGGGCCAGAAUGGAUUGGAUAAUGGGUUUGUUAUGUUCAACAAUGUGAGGAUCCCACGGGAGAAUCUACUGAAUAAGACAGGAGAUGUUACUUCUGAUGGCCACUACAUUACACCAUUCAAGCUCAGCUGCUGCCUUCUGAAACCAGACUCAAACAAGCGUUUCGGAGCAUCUCUCGGUGCCCUGUCAGGGGGCAGGGUGUACAUCACCAGGAUGGCUCUGACCAACCUGAAGCUAGCUCUGGUUGUGGCCAUCCGCUUUUCAGCAACCAGGAGACAGUUUGGACCAAAGGACUCGGAUGAGAUUCCGGUUUUGGAGUACCAGCUACAGCAAUGGCGUCUGAUCCCGUAUCUGGCAGCAGCCUAUGCUCUUGAACACUUCACCAAAUCUAUCUUCAUGAAUUUUGUUGAGUUCCAGAUUGGGCAGAUGAUGAAUAGCAAAGACGACAUUCAAGCAGAGAUGGGCAGGGAGAUCCAUGCCAUAGGCUGCUCCAGUAAACCAUUGGGUUCAUGGACUGCUCAGAAGGGGAUUCAAGAAUGCAGGGAGGCCUGCGGUGGACAUGGAUACCUGGCCAUGAAUCGGCUGGGUGAUCUUCGGGAUGACAAUGACCCAAACUGCACAUAUGAAGGAGACAAUAAUCUGUUGCUGCAACAGACCAGCAAUUACUUGCUCAGCUGGCUACAUGCCAAGCAUCAUGAUGGUAUGCGGAUUGAGUCUCCCUUUCAUAGUGUGGAUUUCCUUGAUGAUUUCCAGAAGAUUCUGGGAAGCAAAUUUACACCAACAGCAAUGGAGGAGUGUAUGGACUCUGCAGUGCCACUGGCAGCAUAUAAUUGGCUGGUGUGUUUCCUGUUGAAAGAGAGUCAGAAGAGGCUAGAACAGCAGAGGGCUUUAUCCAAGGAUGAGUUUGAGACCUCUAACAACAGCCAGGUAUACUACUGUCGUUCCCUUGCCAUUGCCUACAUUGAACAAAACUGCCUCCGGAGAUUUCAUAAACAGACAAUGGAUCAGACCACGCCAGCUUCUCUCAGACCAGUGCUAAGCAAACUCUGUGCCUUGUAUGGCCUGUGGAGCCUCAGCAACCACAUGGCCACACUGUAUCAGGGUAAUUACAUGAGUGGAAAGAAGCCAGCAGAGUUGGUUCAGAUGGCCAUUCUCACUCUCUGCUCCCAGCUAAAGGAUGAUGCAGUAGCAUUGGUGGACAUAUUUGCACCCACUGAUUUCAUCCUCAACUCACCCAUUGGCAAUGCUGAUGGACAGCUUUACAAAAACCUAUGGUCAACAGUGUUGCAGGGCAGCCAGGUGCUGGACCGUCCUUCCUGGUGGAAAGAGUUCUGCUCAGACAAACCUGUGGUCGGAUCUCUGCGUCCAAAACUCUAGAAGCCAAACACAAUCUGCAGGCGAAGUGUCUGAAUGUUCUACGAGUGUAAAACUUUGCAUUGUGGCAACACAACUGUGUUUUGAAGACAAAAAAUUAUCAUUAUUGUAAUCGCUAUAAAUCUUACAUGGUGAAUACCCUACCAAGUGGUUCAUAUGUUGGUAAAGGAAAUUUGUGAUUUGAAUUGAUCCAGCCUCUUAGCAUGUUUAGUUAAUUAGCUAGUCAGAAAGUGCCAAUGAGUUGCUAAGAAACUUUUUUGCAAUUGUCAACAUUGUUCAUUAUAGCUGAAACAGGCAGUCAAUUAAUUAACUACUCGACUAUUUGAAAAUGUAACAGCAACUCAAUUUAUUUUCACAAAAAUAAUGAACCGAUGUGAUUGUACAAUUCUGAUAAUAUUCACUGCACCUGAAUUGUUCCUAUUUGCUCAUUCAAACAUGGUCGGUGGAACAUCCACUCAGAUUCCUGAGAUAUCCUCAAAAAACUUUUUUUCCUCUAAAUGAUAAACAUACCAUAACUCUUACAUUCUCAUUGUUGUAAUUAGACUAAUUAAAAGGCAUAUAUAAUAAAGAAACCUGUAGAUUUAAACUCUGUGUGUCACUGGAAUUCAGUCCCUGAUUAUGUAGUCUUUGUGGCCUUUACAAGUAUCAUUGCAAGUGCCCUUAAAUUUCCAAGUGUGUCCUGUGGAAAUUACACAUCCUUAAAUAUUACUGGCUGUAAAUACUGGUUUGUGUGACAUUACUUCAGUGUUUUAGAACUUAAUGUCUCAUUAAAUAUGUAAAAACAUGUUUAAAGAAAAUAUUCUUAUAAUCUACAGCUGCUAUGUUGAUUGUUAAAUUUGCAUUCAGACAUUACACAAGUAUAUACUAUCAAACUUAUAUUCUAGAACAUUAUUUCUCAAGCUCAAAUCUUAUAUUGCUUUUCGAACCAUAUAAAUCUGAAUGAUGUCUGAAUAGAAAUGUAAGUGUCAUGUAUUUCAUGUGAUCUGAAUCAUGUAUGAAGUAAUCUGUUAUCAUUAAACAUUUUAAAAAAUCCA